UGCUUUGUCUCUGCGACUGCAUCCUGGGAAGGGUCAUGUGGAGCCCAGUGAUGUCAUGGGAUCAAAAACUGACUCAGCUGUUUUUUUUUCCUUCUUUCCUUUCUUCUUUAAAUCGAGAUAUGUGUGUGCUGCAGGUAGAGGGUGUGGGCGCCUCAGCCCCCUACUCACCUGGCUGCUGCCCGAGGGCUCCAUGGCACCUCACACCCCACGCCCCUGAGUUCAGAAUGACCGAAGAGGUAUGCCGCACCCGGAGUCAGAAGCGCCCGAUGGAUUGGGGCCCAGCCGACAGCGAGGUGGACAGCAAGAGGGCGAGGAUGGAGCGAGGCCCACCAGCUGCUGACGGGAGCACUGAGGGUGACACGCGACCAACGCCUGAGCCAGGAGCAGGCCCCGCAGCCGGCAUGGCCGAGGGUCGAGGCGAAGGGCAGGUGGACGAGGAGCCCGUGGACAUGCGCACCUCCAGUGGUGAUGCGAGGCCUGAAAGGAGGUCGCCCUCACCUGAUGUGAUCGUGCUCUCAGACAACGAGCAGCCAGUCAGCCCGCGGGUCAAUGGGCUGCCUAAGGAGGUCAUGGACACCAGCACUGAGGCACUUCUGAAGAGCAGCCCCGAGGAGCGAGAGAGAAUGAUCAAGCAGCUGAAGGAGGAGCUACGGCUCGAAGAGGCCAAACUUGUCCUGCUAAAGAAGCUGCGGCAGAGCCAGAUCCAGAAAGAGACCCCCACACAGAAGCCCUCAGGCUCCUCGGGGGGCACCGCGACCACCCCUCCCCCUCUCGUACGGGGCGCCCAGAACAUUCCUGCCAGCAAGCCCUCGCUCCAGACGACUUCCGCCCGUGUGCCAGGCAGUGUCAUCCCGCCGCCCCUGGUCCGUGGUGGGCAGCAAGUGGCCUCGAAGCUUGGCGUGCAGGCGAGCUCCCAGGUGGUCAUGCCGCCGCUCGUAAGGGGGGCCCAGCAGAUCCACAGCAUCCGGCAACACUCAGGCUCAGGGCCGCCUCCGCUGCUCUUGGCGCCUCGAGCAGCUGUGCCCAGCGUGCAGAUUCAGGGACAGAGGAUCAUCCAGCAGGGCCUCAUCCGGGUCGCCAGUGUCCCCAGCACCAGCCUGCUGGUUAACAUCCCUCAGGCCUCCCCAGCGUCGCUCAAGGGGACGCCAUCUUCUGCCCAGGCCAACUCCACAUCCAGCAGCGGGGCCUCGUCUGCGGAGUCUCCUGCCAGUCGCCAGGCAGCCGCCAAGCUAGCCCUGCGGAAGCAGCUGGAGAAGACACUGCUGGAGAUACCCCCGCCCAAGCCGCCUGCCCCUGAGAUGAGCUUCCUGCCCAGUGCUGCCAACAACGAGUUCAUCUACCUGGUGGGGCUGGAGGAGGUGGUACAGAACCUGCUCGAAGCACAAGCGGGCAGGGUGCCGGCCCCAGCGGUGCUGGCCCGGGACCCCUACAUGUGCGCCCAGUGCAAGACCGACUUCACCUGCCGCUGGCGGGAGGAAAAGAGCGGCGCUAUCAUGUGCGAGAGCUGCAUGGCCUCCAGCCAGAAGAGGGCGCUCAAAGUGGAGCACACCAGCCGCCUCAAGGCUGCCUUCGUGAAGGCGCUGCAGCAGGAGCAGGAGAUUGAGCAGCGCCUUCUGCAGCAGGGCGCCCCCGUGCAGCCCAAGGCCGAGCCCACCGCCCCGCACCCCGCGCUGAAGCAGGUCAUAAAACCCCGGCGGAAGUUGGCGUUCCGCUCAGGAGAGGCCCGCGACUGGAGUAACGGGGCCGUGCUACAGGCCUCCAGCCAGCUGUCCCGGGGCUCAGCUGCGAACCCCCGAGCUGUCCUGCACACCUUCAGCCAGUCCCCGAAACUGCAGAGUGCCGCCUCGGCCACCACUCUGGUUAGCAGGACCGGCAGACAUUCCGAGAGAACCGUGGGCACAGCCAAGGGCAGUGGCGGUGCCACCUGGAAGAAGGCACCCCUAAGCACAGGUGGGGCGCUGGCCUUCGUGAGCCCCAGCCUGACGGUGCACAAGAGUGCCUCGGCCGUGGACCGCCAGCGGGAGUACCUCCUGGACAUGAUCCCGCCUCGCUCCAUCCCCCAGUCGGCCACGUGGAAGUAGUACGGGCUGGUGCCACCUCGCGGGGCUCCCACCUGCACCUGGAAAACCCCGCUCCCUGCGCUCUGGGACAGGCUUCCGGCUGGGCCACAUCCCGGGGCCACGAGGACUGACCCUGGGGGCUCCCCAGGGCUUUCUUCCUGUCUUUGCCUUUAGUUAGCCCAACACCAGCAGAAACGCGGACCUCGGGGGCUGCUUCUGCUCCGGCUUCCCCCCAGCCCACCCCACCCCUGGACACUGUGACCCGCUCAGGCGAGGCUGGCGCCCUGGGCCCCACCCCCACCCCCACCCCCGUCGAGCAGUUUUCUGUUUGCUUUUCUGUCUCGGCCCCGGCCUGGACUGUCCGUGGCCUUCCUGGAGGUCUUUGGGGGCAAGACUUUGGUUUUUGUUUUUUUGUUUUGUUUUGUUUUGUUUUGUUUAAAAUCACCUCAUGAUGAUGGAAUUGAAAGUAAAUCUUGCAGAACCGGGGGUCCCUGCCGUGCCCUGCCCCCCUUCUUCCUCGCAGAAGAUGCAGCAGAAAUGCGGGAUGCUGGAAGCCACAAGGAACCGAGAGGAGGCAACAGCCAUCGGGUGUGUCCUGGGUCUAGGCAGGAGGUGGCGUGGAGCGGGUUGGGCUGUCGCUUCGCUUCUCGUUGUUGUGAUCUCUCGUUAAAGUUCCCUUUUCUUUCCCUCCUGGGAUGGACAAGCCUCCAUAGCUACCCUGGCCUUGUGGUCUGUGGAGGCAUCCAGAUUGGGCAGCAGCUGAACUUCAGGGGUUCAGGAUUGGGAUCUAGUUUAGAACCUUCCCUAUGAGCUGAGCAGGCCUUCGCCUUCAGCCUCUUUCCUUGUUUUUGUUUUUGCUUUUGUUUUUGUUUUUCUUUUUUCAAAACCCUCUUAGAUUCUCCAGAACCGUUUUACCAAGGAUCAGGUCUCCGAGUUGUUUUUGCUUUCUCCCACUCCUUAGAUCGCCUCCGUGAGGAAAGGCAGCAGCUGCGCACACAAGGGUGUGCGUGGGGUCGCCGUGUGUGGGUGGGGGGCCGGCCACAUGCCCGUGAGAGGGGCCCUGCCCCUUGCACCCUGGCCCCAGUUUUCCUGCUCGUGCAGUUAGGGGCUAAUUAAAAAUCCUCCUGCGGCAGGGCAGCCGCCCCCCACCACAGCUUCCACAUUCUAAUAAAGGCUCAUUGAACCCUCA